UAAAUGAGUCACAACAUCAAUAACAGUAGAAUCAAGAUGGCGGCCGAGGGCGAGUACGAGUCGAUCCUGUGCGUGAAGCCCGAUGUCAACGUUUAUCGCAUCCCGCCGCGCGCUUCCAACCGCUCCUACAGGGCGGCUGACUGGAAGCUGGAUACCCCAGACUGGUCUGGUCGAAUGAGGAUCACAGCCAAGGGCCAGGUGGCGUUCAUCAAGCUGGAGGACAAGAUCUCAGGGGAGCUGUUUGCCCAGGCACCAGUUAAAGAGUACCCCGGUGUUACAGUGGAAACGGUCAGCGACUCCAGCCGAUACUUUGUCCUGCGGAUACAGGAUGACAACGGUCGCAGUGCUUUCAUAGGAGUUGGCUUCGGGGACCGAGGGGACGCUUUCGACUUCAACGUGGCUUUGCAGGACCAUUUCAAAUGGGUGAAACAGGAGAAUGAAAUCAGUAAAAGCGCCCAGCUCGGGGAUUCGGGACCAAAACUGGACUUGGGCUUUAAAGAGGGACAGACCAUCACACUCAACAUAGGGCAAGGUAAAAAGAGGGAUAAGCCCCGCCCACAGGGCUCAGGUGGAUUUGGACUCCUCCCGCCACCACCUGGAGGCAAGAUAGCCCCUCCUCCUUCGUCAGGCUCAUCCAAUCACAACAUAGUCCCGCAGACGGGCAGCACAGCGACAGGCUGCCUGUUGGAGCUGGACACUAGUAACUCUAACACAGUGGUUCAGACAAACACUAGUUCAGAUCUUUGGGGAGACUUCUCCGCUCCUGCAAGCUCCGUUCCCUCGUCGUCACGACCACAGGACACCGGAAACUGGAUCCAGUUUUGAGCCGUCGGCCGCUCACGUCGCUUGUGAUCUCCAUCUCACCUGCAUCUGUGUCUGUAGCUUCCUGUGCAUCACACUGAGAUUAACCCUCACCCACUGAUCCCAAAGCAGACACAUGAAACACCACGGAGCUGUAGAAACAACUCAUGGCAUCGAUUUCAUUCAGAAAGAAUCAUAGUUCUUUGAGAUAUUCUCGACAGGAAAUGAAGCAUUAGUGCGUUAAAGCCAUCACACGAUAUGAGCCAUUUCCAAUAAUAUUUAAGGGCUAUGUGUUAGGAGAGAUCCUCUUUUAUGUGUCUGCAUCGCCUCCCCAGUAGAUGGCUCUCUGAACUGAGCUUGAUCUUUGAUCUGGCAUGGUUUAGUCUCUGCAACAGCUCCCCCUGCAGGCACUGCAGAGUACUACAUCUCAAGGAAAGGCACCGGUGCUUUCUGUAACCUGCUGUGAAUAAUGUGCUAAAGAGCUGCAUGAACUGUAAGACAACAAUCAAAGAAGACAAAAUUCAUGUUCUUUAUUGUUUUAGAAUUGGCACUUGAAUCUCAUUUUUGCCAAUCAGCCUCAUUAUUUCUUUCUGAGUGAUUUAGAAAUGACAGCAGCGGCCUGUCUAACUUGUUUUAAAUAUAAGUCCUAAAGGAAGAACAGUUUAUGACACAUGACACUCUUUUACCUCAUUUGCAAGACUUUUUCACUAAAAACUGAGACUGAACAGGGGAUUAAAUGACCCGUUCGUUCCCGCCCUCACACUGUGAAUUGUGGAGUAGUACAGCCUCGUCCACGUCUCAAGAUAUCUGUAUUUAAAACAACUGCUGUAGGUCUAAAGUGUGGUUUGAUUACAUAAUGAUAAUGUAAGUGGAUAUAAGAUGCAGCUCAAAAUGCUUUACGGGAUAUGAAAACUAAAUGGUCCAGAUUUCAAAUCUCCGAAUGCAGAUGAAAUUAUCUUUAUUGUGCCAUCAAAAUGAUUCAUUGUAAGUAUUUAGUGUGUUUAUAGAAUCACUGAGCUCCCUGAACGUGGGAUGAGAUACUGUAGGUAAAAUGUUACGUUCAUAGAAAUAUACGGGGCACAUUAACAUUCCUCUCUGGCGUAUUAAAUAUAUAAAUUUAUGUUUACAUAUUCGUGUUUACUGGCUUAUUUCCUUUUAAGUGUGAAAUCAGCAGCCAAAUCCAGACCUAUGUAUUCCUUACUGUCAACUAUUGACAUUUUACACACCUUUACCACGUCUUCUUAGUAAGAUAAGAGUUAAAUACACCGUAUUGUGCAGGAGUUUGCUGAUGGGUGUUGGCAGUAAAUUCAAACUACAGGUCUUCUUCACCCCAAUUAAUGUUUCAACCUCUUGUAAAAACAGCAUCUCACCCCAGUUAACUUUCCCAUUUCUGAAAUCCAAUCCUAAAUUGAUUAAAUAAAGUAAACCAGAGCAGGAAUGUAGGGUAACAGAAGCCCUGAAAACCAGUUGGGGGGGGGGAGCAGUGGGGAGGUCUAAUGUGGGCACGGUUGGCAAGCAAAUCUCAGCUUCACUUUUUGCAUUAAAUACACUGUAAACUAUUAACUGUCCACCAGAUUCACAGUUGGAUAUUAAGACUACUGCUGCAUCCCCUGCACCUCCAGAAGAGAACAAACAGACUGAGAGACUCAUUCUCAGGAGUGUGAUUGCUACAGACGUGCAUGUAAUCAGUUUACCUGCUUUUUUACAUGUUUGUGAAACAACCAUGAGGCUUUUUGAUAGGCAGAAUGUUUAGGGAGCUGUAGUUUACCUGCAAAAGCAGCCCUGUCGUGACCUUCGGUAUGAAAUACAGAACGUUUAAUGGAAAUAAGAAUAGAUCUUGAUAAACACUACAGGAAUUUACCAAGUAUAUACUCUAUAUAUACAGUAUAACGGCAAAAGCAGGUUUAGACAAUCUGAGGAAAAUAUUUGGAUCUUAAAGGAGUAGUUUCGACAUUUCGAGAAAUGCGCUUAUUCGCUUUCUUGCUGAGAGUUAUACAAAAAGAUCGAUUGUAUCUUAGCUUAACAUAAAAACAGCUAGCCUGGCUCUGUCCAAAGGGAACGAAAUGUGCCUACCAACACUCCUAAAUAUCACUAAUUAACAUGCUAUAUCUUGUUCUUUAGAUUUCCCAAAAUGUCAAACUGCUACUUUAAUUUAUUUUACUAAUGAGUGAUAUUCUACUUAAAGGAAUGAACCUACAGGUUUCCCCUAUGUGGCUUAUUUCAGACUGUGAAAUGAAAUCACAAAUGCUCUUUUACUGAACCCAUGUAUACUGUCGGAGGUGGGAAAAACAAUAUGAUUGUCUAACUUCAUCAGAUGAAUGUCUUAAUGGCAGCAAAGGAUAUGUUCAUUUAUGUGCUGAAAAGGCUUUUAAAGGGUUUGUGAAGUUUAAUGAUGUUUACAAGAUUUUGACAUAUGAGUUGUCAUUAAGAUUUGACUGUGAAUUAAUUUUAUUUGCAUAGAUUUUUACGGUUUGCUGUGAUCAAAUCACACAAACUAUUUGAUUGGCAUUAAGAUACAGGGCUGAUUGAUAUGAUAUGUUAAUAUGUGUGUUGUGUUUACAUUUGCUCGCAUUGCUAGCUAAACUAUAAAAAUGUCUCCCAUUUCUCACUCAUUCCACUCUGGCUGUAAAGUCACUGGACUAACACUUUUGAUUUAUGACCAAUUUAACGAGAAAGAGGCAAUAAAUCCUUUCAAA